UGUUCAGACGUGUUGGUUACGGUUUAAGUUACAGACUGUGAUAUACUUAUAUAUAAUAAAGACAGUAUUCAGAGUGUACAAAGACCAAGAUUGUUGUGUUCCCUGCUCAUCUCACCACAUUUCAAGUCGUCCCUGAUUAUAUUUCCAAUAGGUUAUGGGCCCAGGGCACGAUUCCCCUGCGUGAGGAACAUAGCACGAAAGUGUAUAUACGAAGUGUGUGAGACGCCGGCGAAGGGCAUAGAAAGAGAUAGAAGCAUCUAGAAAAUUAGAGGAUGGAAGAAGAAGGCCAAGAUGCGCUGGUCGAAUACGACAGCGAUAGCAGCUUUAUCAUGGUAAUAGAUAGAGAAGCAAAAAAUAAAAACGAGGAGACAGUAAGAAAAGAUAGAGAAGCAAAAGAUAAAAAGGAGAUGGAAAGAAGAGGUGCAAUCCCGAAAAAGAACUUGCCUAAAGUCAGAGAGAAUAUAGAUGUGACCAAAGCAUGGGAAGAGAACCGUCCAGUACUGUCAAUUGGAACCAAAAUAUUAUAUGAAAAGCAAGAAAAAUUGGUCGCGAAAAUGGACAAUUCGAUGCAAAUGCUGGAUAAAGUAAUGACGAAGGCCACCGAGAUGAUGGAGAAUAUGGUGGAAGUCUCCCGUUUAAACUUAGAGAAAGAAAAAGUUAAACUUAGACGUUUAGAGUUAGAAGCAGAGACUAAAAACGAGAAUAGAGAAAAAUUAGAGAAACCCGAAGUCAGGGUACAGAGGGCUGCUGCUGAAGAGAACAUGAAACAAGUGAAAUGCUACAGAUGCAACCGAAUGGGUCAUAUGGCGAAGGACUGUCCACUAAUAGAAUUUGGUGCCUGGUUUUGUUACUACUGCCAGGAGAUACGAGGUCACAAGGGUGAUAAUUGUCCGAGUGCCAAAGCCCAGGCGAACAGAGCUAGAGGAAAAAGGUAUUUAAAUAAAACCGUUAAUAAAAACAUAAAGAAAAAGGGUAGAUUUGUGUAAAAAGGCACAAAAAGAGUAGAUAACAAAAGGAAAAUAACCAAGAUACAACCAGCUGAGAAACCUAUAUCAACGAAAACAGCAAAUGAAGGAGAAUCAGAAGAAGAUAAAGAGGAAACUUAGAGAGGACCCGUGGAUCGCUCGCACAAAGGGAGGGAGUGUUGGGAGAAGACUUUGAACGAGC